AUGACGAAGGACUGGCUUAGCAUAAAGAACGAGGCGUGUCAGCUAUACACGCUCGACGAGAUCAAGGCUGAGCUGUAUGGACUGCAUAAGUUCGAAGCAUCCACACGAGCUUGGCGUCUGAAGUUCAAGGAAUGGGGCAUCAAACACCGUACAGCAAAUACCACCAGAAUCCAGAAGACAGCAACAAGGAAUAGGCGCAAGGUGCAAGUUCCAGACAAACAUGCCACAGACGAACCAUCAGCCCGGAUCGGUCUUAACUCGCCAGUCUUGAGAUAUUUUAAGGAUGAGCAAGUGAAUGCAGACACGGAGUACCUCGACGAUCUGAAUAAAGCGGAGCGAUGGAACUUACUGGCUCAAGAGUUCGUCGCUCAUGAUUAUGGAGAUGAUGUGACGUCGUUAUAUUACGAGCAUCUCGCCGAACUUCUCGACUACUACAUGUAUUCCAAGGAUAUCGCCGAUCAAAUUCGCCAAAAUUUGGACCAACUACGCAAAAAGCCUUUCUGGGACAUCAUGCGGAACAGAGCAAAGGUAUUGCCAGCUCUUUAUAACUUCCUAUAUCACGCAACCGGUUACUUUCUCAACUACGAUGUUAGUGCUGUCCUUUUCAAACCUUGCGUAGAGCGAAACGAAUUUUGCGCACACUCCACCGAGUGCCUAAGCGUGGCGUCUGCGAUCUUGUUGCAUGCGAAAGACCAAGAGGUGCCCGGGUACUGGGAGGUCCUAGGCUCGCAAUAUGAAUCGGCGGAAUUGAUCCUGCGCUCUUGGAUGUCUGGAGAUUUGAGAGCUCCCGACAAAUUUUUGGGACACUGGUGUAAUAAUUGUGAUGAUGGGGAUAUAUUCUGCGAUGGUCGUCUUGUCUCGAUGGUACUCGAAGUCAUCCCAGACGAAUACCCUGAAAUCAAGGUCAAGGCGAUGCAAGUUGUGGGUAAGAGUUUGCACAGACUAGGUCUGGAUCUCGAGUAUCUCUACCACAACGCGCUCUUUAGCACUUGGACUCCGCUCAAUUGGCGUCCGGCUGAAGUUCUGCUUCAAUAUUCAGGUACCAAGCCUAAGUUAUGCUUGGAGUGGCUUUCCGACAAGUUCAAUCAGUACAGGAAUCCUGACGAACAUAUUGACCUCACAAAGCCUUCUUUGGAUAUAGCAGACACUCUGCAAUCCAUAUUAGAAGAUUGCCUGAGGGUAAACCACUUUUCGAUGAGUUUCAGAAACUAUCACGUCCUCUGGUACUUCAUUCACGUUAUCACCAAGGCUUGGGUGGACCUGGUUCUUCAAGACAACACUGGAAGUCUGGAGCUCAACGCUAGCGACAUUUUGAAGAUCCGAGAGGACUUCGGUGGACUACCAGGAUUGAGGCUGUCCAUUGACGCAAUAGCACUGACCCGGAUGUCAAAUUCUGCGGAUCUGCAGAGUCUUCAUCCAAAACUACUUGACUAUGAGAGCGAGCCUAGUUCAGAUACUUCGCAGAAUGGCACGAAUAGCGGAGAAGAGCAAGUGGUUGAAGUCCAUGUUAUCUCAUCAGAUGAGAAUGAGUCAUCAGACGAGGAUGAGGAAAUGCCUGAUGCUUCAGCUCCGCGGUUAUACUACGGCGCACUUAUAUCCUAUGACGGAAACGCGUAG